AUGGCUUCCACCACCAAGAAGGUUUUGGUGCCGAUUGCCAAUGGAACGGAGCCGAUUGAGGCGGUCAUAACUAUCGACGUUUUAAGGAGAGGAGGUGCCGACGUGACGGUCGCUUCCAUUGAGAAACAAAUUCGUGUUGACGCCUCUCACGGUGUUAAACUCGUCGCCGAUUCUCUCCUUUCCAAGUGCAGCGACGCAGUUUUCGACCUCAUCACUCUCCCUGGAGGGAUGCCUGGUGCUACAAAUUUUAAAAGUUGUCAGCUUUUAGAAAAAUUAGUGAAGAAACAAGCAGAAGAUGGGAAGCUUUACGCAGCGGUCUGUGCUUCUCCUGCUGUGGUAUUUGGUUCUUGGGGCUUGCUAAAUGGAUUGAAAGCGACUUGUUAUCCGGGGUUUAUGGAUGAAUUGAAAUCAAGUGGUGCAACAGCUGUUGAAUCGAGAGUGCAAGAAGAGGGGAAUGUUGUGACAAGUCGUGGACCAGGAACUACUAUGGAGUUUGCUGUUGCUUUAGUUGAGAAAUUGUUAGGGAAAGAAAAAGCUGAUGAGGUUUCGGGGCCUUUGGUGAUGCGUUCCAACCAUGGGGAUGAAUAUAGCAUAAAAGAGCUAAAUCCAAUGCAAUGGACCUUUGACGAUGUUCCUCAGGUUCUUGUACCCAUUGCUAAUGGCACAGAGGAAAUGGAAGCUAUUAUGAUCAUUGACAUUCUGCGACGAGCUCAAGUAAAUGUAGUGGUGGCCUCUGUUGAUAGCUUGGAAAUUUUGGCCUCUCGUAAAGUUAAACUAGAGGCUGAUAUGCUCCUUGAUGAGGCUGCUAAACUUUCGUAUGACCUGAUUGUCUUGCCAGGUGGGCUUGGCGGUGCCCAAGCAUUUGCAAAGUCUGAAAAAUUGGUGAAUAUGCUAAAGAAGCAAAGGGAAUCAAAUAGACCAUAUGGAGCUAUAUGUGCAUCUCCUGCUUUAGUCUUGGAGCCUCACGGCCUACUCAAGGCUACUAAGCCUGAUUUAUCACGGGAGAAGAUAGUAGUAGAAAAAAUGGUUGGCUUUUCAGCACAUGUAAAACUUGCAAUGGUAAAUGUGGCUGAAGGGCCUGAUUCAAAUCACACUGCAAAUUUAGCUGCCAUGUGGCUUAGAAUUAAAUUUGGUCAUGAUGUUGCAACAUAUGGUAAAAAGGUCACAGCUUUUCCUGCAAUGUGUAACAAGCUGUCAGAUCAAAGUGAAAUUGAAAAUAGGGUUGUGGUUGAUGGCAACCUCAUCACCAGCAGAGGUCCUGGCACUUCGAUGGAGUUUGCCCUGGCAAUCGUGGAGAAGCUGCUUGGGCGUGAUAAGGCACUGGAGGUUGCAAAGAUAAUGCUUUUCACACAUCCAUAG